CGAUUAAACCUAGAGCGAGAAACUCAGCAAAUAAAGUUUAUAGAAGAGUUGCGAACUGAAAGGGAGAGAAUAAAAAACGAACAGAGCUGUAAUAUUCAGUAAAUACGAUACACAUGUGAAAUGGCGGACGGUGGUAAACUAGAAAGUGGUAUUAAUAAAGAACUUCCUACUUCGAUGGAAGAUGAUUCAAAAGAACACACAUAUGAUAACAUUUGUUCAGAAAAAUUAAAAAAUUUAAAAGAACAGACGGAGAAAGGAAAAGCGAAAUGUGAAGAUGAAAGUAUUUCUAAUGCUGCAAUUCAAGAUUUGAUUGAGUGUGAAACAGACUCCAUGCUAGAAUUACUACCACAAAGAGGAAAGGGAGAAAAUCAGAGUUUUCAAAAUGUCUUAGCAGAUAAAUCUGAAGGAAAUUUAUUAUCUCUAAGAAAACUUGACGCAGACACAAGUUCUGAAGAAACAAAAAUGACUGAUAUAAUCGAGGAAACAGGAAAGGAUAAAGGUUUAUAUAAAUAUAAACCAUCAGUUGGUGGUGAUGUAGCAUGCUCAGAAAGCUCAAUAAAAAAAACAACUGAAUUAUUGGGGCCCGAUGAUUUAAAAGAUCAAGACAUGAUCAAAACGUUAAAUAUCACUAAAGAGAUUUCAAACGACAUCGACAUCCUGUUGAUCGGCAAAACUGGCAAAGGCAAAAGUGCUUUAGGAAACAGUCUUCUGUCUAGCGAAGCUUUUCUGUCAUCAGCGAAUUUCGAAUCUGUAACAGAUGUAAUUAAAGAUGGAUAUGGUGUGUUUGAAGGUCGUAUAUUGAAAGUUGUAGAUACACCAGGUGUGUGUGACACAAGGAUGAGCGAAGAAGAUGCGUUAAAAAUGGUUUCAGAAAAAAUGCAGGACGCCGUUAAUCUCAACCCAGUGGGCUAUCAUACAUUAAUUUACGUACUAAAAUUUGGAGAAAGAUUUACGGAAGAAGAUGUGACUGCAAUUCAAAUUCUAAAACAAAUAUUUGGAAAUGACUUUGUGAAUAAAUUUGUUAUCCUUGUGUUAACAUGCGGUGAUAACUUUGAAAAGCAGGUGACAAAAAAGACAGGUUUGACUUUUGAAAAAUGGUGCACUCAACAACAGGGUGCAUUUCAAAAACUCUUAGAGGAAUGUGAGGGUAGAGUGGUAUUGUUUGAUAAUUUUGCAGAAGAAGUAGAGAAAAUACACAAACAAAAAAGUGACUUAAUCAACCUGAUAGACAGACUACAGUCAAGUGGUAAGAGAUAUACCAACAAAUAUUUUGAUGUUGCAAAGGAAACUCGUGAUAAACUGCUGAUAGAAUGUAAGAUACCUGCAUUGAAAGAUAAAAUAUUUAGAGAAACUGGAGUUAUUAUGUCCAGUUACAAUCAAAUGAAUUUCCAGGAUCCGGAAAACAAAAUUGAAGAACUCGAAAAACUGCAAGCACAAUCUAUAGCUCUGUUGACUGAAUUAGAAGAGGAAGAUAAAGAAAGUGGAGCUCUUAGAAAUUUAUUAGAAACUGUUCGUAAUGUAAGCAGAACAUUAGAAGAGCAAAUCAAUACCUGUAAACUGUUGAUCCAGGAACGAGAAAAAAGUAAAAAAGAACAAAAUCGCUUGGAACAACAGAUGCAAAAAGAUAAGGAGUUUAUGGAAAUGCAAGAGGAGAAGUCGAAGAGAGAACACCACCAACUUCUUCUGCAGAUUGAAUUAAAUAAAAAGUCGAUGGAAGAAUUUGAAAAACUUCGCAAGGAUGAUAAGGAAAAAUAUGAAAAAGACUUAAAACGACAAAAAGAAAUUGAUGAAUUAAAAUUCAAACAAUUACAGCUUGAAUCAGAGCAAAAACAAGAAAGUAUUAUAAAAGAAAUAGAACUGCAGAAAAACGCGAUAGAGUCAGAAAGACAGAAGUUUUUGGCAAAGAUAGAGCUUGAAAAACAGGACCUAUUAAGGCAAAAAGAUUUUGACCAACAAAAACUUCAGUUAUUGAAAGAUGCUGCAAAAAAGGAGCAGGAAGAAAAAAAGUUGGAGCUGGAACUCAAACAAAAGGAAAUGAAUGCAGCCGAAGAACGACACAGAAUUGAAAGGGAAGCGCAAAAAAAUGAAUAUUUGAAGCUGCAAAGGGAAGAAGAAAGAAAAUUUCAAAUGAUGGAAGAAAAGGCUAAAAGAGAUCACGAGGCUCAUAUUAAAGAAUUACUGCUAAAACAAAGAGAAAUCGAAGCUGCAGAAAAAAAACAACUUUUAGAAAUUGAAAAAAUUAAAGAUGAAAUGAAAAAACAAAACGAAAUACUUAUUGAAAAAAUAAAAUGUCAACAACGAAAAGAUCAAAUGGAAAAUGACCUACGAAUUCAAGAAAUGAAACUUAAAGAGCAAGAGAUGAGGGCAAACGAAAUACGGCUAAGUGAAGAAAGAGAGGCGAAAACGAGGGCGGAGAUUAGAAUGUUAAAUGAAUUAAUGAAGGAAGCUGCUGAACGGAGACACAUUAAAGAAACAGAAGAAAGAAAACAGGAAUAUGAGUUGCGUAGACAGAUGGAGGAGUUAAGAAAUGAACGAUUAAACCUAGAGCGUCAAACUCAGCAAAUACAGUUUAUAGAAGCUUUGCAAACUGAAAGGGAGAGAACUAAAAACGAAAAUAGCUGUAAUAUUCAGUAAAUAUUGUACGGUAAGGAACGGUAUUGUACGGUGUGGUACGGUACGGUACGAUAACAAUAUGUGUACAAUAGUGCGGAAUCUUAGUACUUUAUAAAUACUUUUUUU